UCCCUAGAGGGUUCUAGAAUAUUUGCAUUUCGAUUUUAGUGGAGUUUGUUGUCCUUUGUCGAACAGGAAUAAGAACUGCAGCCAAUAACAAAAUUAAUUAGCCAGCCCUAAAAAGCUACAAAUAUAUAUAUCUAUAUAAUUUAAAAUGGAAUCAGAAAUAAAAGAACAUGGUAUUGCAAAGCCCAUCCGCAAGGAAAUUCUAAAUCCGGGCAACAAAUACAUCGAACUGAAGCCAGGCACCAGGGUUAAAUUUCACUUCCAAACUCGUCGGGCUAACGAUGUACGAAUCAUAGACGAUAGCAAGAAAAUUAAUAAGCCAAUGGAAUUAGUUCUAGGCAAAAAAUUCAAAUUGGAAGUUUGGGAGGUGAUUGUGCAGAAAAUGUCCUUAAAUGAGGUGGCCAAAUUUACGGUACACAAAUCGCUCUGUGCUCAAUAUCCGUUCAUUUCGAAAACUCUUCGAGAUAUUGGCAAAAAACCGGACGAGCGUCGACAUUGCUGUGGCAUGACAUUACAGAACGAGGGCAUGGGCUAUGAGGAUUUGGAUGAGCUGCUGCAGAAGCCCGUCGACUUGGAGUUCACCAUCGAAUUGAUAUCGAUUGAGCUGCCUGAACAAUAUGAGAAGGAGCGCUGGCAAAUGUCCGAUGACGAGAAAAUGCUUGCUACGCACACGUUACGGGAGCGCGGUAAUCGCCAUUAUAAGGCGCAUAAUUAUGCCGAGGCGGAGAUUUGCUAUCGCGAUGCCGUCGGCAUGAUCGAGCAACUGAUGCUAAAGGAGAAGCCCCACGAUGCCGAAUGGCAGCAGUUAGCUAGCAUCAAGACUCCGUUGCUGCUCAACUACGCCCAAUGUCGAUUGAUUGCAGGCGAUUAUUAUGCGGUGAUUGAGCACUGCAACGAGGUACUCACACUUGAUCCCCGUAAUGUGAAGGCACUAUUCCGCCGUGCCAAGGCCCAUGCUGGCGCUUGGAAUCCGGCGCAAGCUCGCCGUGAUUUCAUUGAUGCCUUGGGGCUGGAUGCAACACUAAAGACAACGGUCGCCCGCGAGCUGAAGGCGAUUGAGGAGCAGCAGCAUGAACGCAACGUUCAGGAUCGCAUCCAUAUGCAAAAGCUCUUCUAGAAUAUAAGUUGCGCUAACGUACUGCUCAUGCUCCUUGUUUAUUGGAGCAACUAUGCGCAGCGUUAACAGUUAGCCAAUAAUGCUUUUCUCUUCUGGCAGAGUAGCUAUGUCUACACAUUGGCCUUGUACUGCUCCAAGGGUUUUGUACUGCUCUGCCUUCUUUUCAAUCAACUCCUGUGCUGCUGGAUCAUAUACAAGACGCUGUUCGUGGCCCUAUGGAGACGGCAUCGCCGAAAUGGACGAGCGCGACUGCGGGCAAAUGCACGAAAGAGACGUCAAUAAUGAGGUCAAAUUCAAAAUCCACUCUCUCUUUCUCCUCUGUCUCUGUCUCUGUCUGUCUCUAUCUCUUUCCGUGUUGAACCAUUAAUGGCAUUUAGACUAGACUUAAGCAUUUCGAACUUUCAUGUGAAACGGUUUCCGGAAAGCCAUUAAUACGCCAUUAAUCACCAAAUAUUGAAAGAAAUGUAUAUGUUGUAUGUAAAUGUGUAUUUAGGAAUAUUAUAAGUAUGGCCUCAACUCGAAAGCCACAAAAUUGUAACUGUAGCGUUAAAGCAAAACAUGCUCGUCUGUAUUAUAUGUAUGUGUGUUAUAUCUAGUUCUAUGUAGGCUUAUUAUCUUUAGCUAAUUGUUUGCAUGUGCAAUAAAUUUAUGUCUAAUUGUUGUCAACGCCUCUGUUUUCGUUAGCUUAAUUACUUAAGUAAUUAGAACUACUUAGCUAUUUGGGCGUAACUGUAAUCGGAUGUUGUUCAAAUAUUACUCUUAAGGCAGUUGUGUUAAUUGCAAUUUGUUUUAUUUUCCUUCUUUUACAGAGUUCUUACUAGAGUUAAGCAAAGUUACUUUUAAGUCUUCUGAAAUGUUUGUUGUAGGAGAAAUUGUUAGAUUAUCAGUUACUAUAAGAGCUUAUAUUCUCAGAAACGAAGCAAUUU